AAACAUUCAAAUAAAGAACUCCGUCUUUGAUGCCACCUGACUUUACUGCCAGUCCAAUCAGAUGCGGAGGUUGCCUAAGGUAUCGCCAUGGAGACGAUGUACACCCUGAGGAAGAGCCAAUCACUGAGGAGCCUGUCUGGAUCUGGGGUUCAGGAGAGGUCAUGGGAAACAUCAAAGUCCUCUCUCUGGGAUAACAAGAAGUCUGUCUCUCAGCUCGUACAACAGUACCAGAGCUGUGUGGAACUAAGCACUUCUGAAACCAAUGAAGAAAAGAUAAAGGCCUCAUUCAGUUCCUCCAGAGAAGAGACGCCAGUAGGCCUCGUUUCUCCUUGGAGGAGGUUAGCGAGCCGGGGGGACCGGGUGGACCGCCUGGGUACUGACUCUGGUUCUUUCCUGCUGUCUCGGAGUCGCUCCAUGGACCAUCUUCCCCAGCGGGACCGAGCUCCGGAGGGGACCAGUGCCCUGCGAGCCCUGUUCGAGUCCAAAGCCACCCUGCUAGAGGACUUCUACAGCUCCCCUGGGCUGAAUGUAGCUUCUCCAGCAAGCAGGGUGGUGGCAGGGAUUCAGUGUAGUGAGAAGGAGAAAGAUCGCCCUCUGGGGGCUAGGAGGGGUUACAGCACUGAAGGGACUUAUGGGAGGAAGGACAACAGUCAGAGCGAGAGGAGGAAGACCAUUAGCGGUGUCCCAGAGUCCUCCGUCAGGGGUUCCAGAAUUACAACACCGGAUGACAAGAGGCGUCUCCAGCUGAGUUAUAGAGACACCCCGUCAAGACAAGGUCGAGACAGAGAGAGGACCUCCGGCUCAGUGAGAGACAGAUCAGCUCUAUACCUGUCAAGAGUAGCAGCUGCCGAAUMCCCGGGAAGCUCCACACACACAAAAUCCAGCAGUUCCUCAGGAAAGAAGACUACAAGCAGCAAGAUGGCCGAGAUAGCCCCAAAAAACACAGUUUCAGAAGCAUSUCACGAGGAAGAUGACCUGUCUCUGCCUCCACCUCCCCCUAUCCCACCCAGACCUCAGAACCAUGAAGAGUCCCCAGCAACAGGUGGCCCCAACCAAGCCUUCAUCCCCGUGCCGCCACCAAAGGAAACCUUCUCGACAUUCUACCAACAGCGACAGAAGAAUGAGCUGAAAAGACUCUUCAAACACAUUCACCCAGACCUGAGGGAMAACAUCAAUGAUGUAGUCGAUGAUGAGCUGGUUGCGGCGAUGCAAUCUGGAGGUGCCCAGACUGCAGCGGAUGCAGGUUACCAGGGCGAGGUCCAGUCCAUGAGGUGGAUCUUUGAGAACUGGACCCUGGACAACAUUGGGGACCACCCCCACAUGACCAAGAAGCUUCUGGAAGAUGAGACUCUUCAAGGCGGUGAUGUCAGAGGAACAUCCUCCAUGUUCGAGCACUGCAUGGUGGACGGAACCCAACAGUUUGUCCAAAGGCAGAGUUCAGUCCRAGGGGAUGUCCGGACAUCGACGUGGCUGUUUGAGACCCAGCCCAUGGAUACACUCAACAAACUCAAGCCAGAGGAGGGCGAGCUGGUCGAGGCUGUUCUCAAGGAACCGAUUCAGAUCGGAGACGUGAGAGGAGCUCGGCUGCUCUUCGAAUCCAAGCCACUGGACGCCUUAGGYCGUUGUAGCUCUGUAGAGGACCAGAGCUUCCUCAAGCUGAAGUCAGAGCUCCAGGAGCAGAAAGGAGAUGUGAGGAAGACAGUGAAGCUCUUCCAGGCCGAUCCUUGCUGCGCCCUCAGAGACGCAAGCGGCAACAUCCACAAGAUUAAGUCCAUCUGCAGAGAGGAGAUCUGUAGCAGCAACAUUAGCACGGCACGCUGGCUCUUCGAAACUAAGCCUCUGGACAUCAUCAACAAGGGGACAUCCGGGAUGCAGAUAAUCCGGGGGAUAUCGCUGGAGGAAGGGCAGAAAGGAGGGGUGGACAGGAAGAGAUGGAUGUUUGAGACUCAGCCAUUCAACACCAUCCGGGAGGAGGGCAUAGAAGACCGGUUUCAGGGGACAGUGGUCGAAGUUGUGCCUGACGCUGAUGUUGGGAACAAACUAAAGAUGUUUGAGACCCAGCCCUUGGCAGCACUGAAAGGAGACUCCACAGAAGUAACUCUGGAGAAGGAGGAGAUACUUGGAGGAGAUGUCAAAUCCUCCCUCUGGCUCUUCGAAACACAACCCAUGGAAACAUUGAAGGAACACUAUGAAGUUGGGCAUUUGAAGAAAGUGAUCCUCUCCACUGAUGAACAAGGAGAAGUUAAAGGCAAAAAGCACAUGUUCGAGAACUACAACAUUAGAAAAGAGACCUUAGUCGGAGCAGAAAUCCCAAGUAAAGAUCAUGAGAUUGAGAAGGGUGACGUUAAAUCAUACAAGCAUCUCUUCGAAACAAUUCCCCUUUGCAAUAUCACCCAAUCUCAGGAGGAAGUGCUGAACGGAAAUACAGAAAACCACAUCACGGCAGGAGAUGUGAAAGGAAACAGAACGCUCUUCGAGACAACACCAUUAUAUGCGAUCAAAGACUGCUCUGGGAAUUUCCACGAGGUCACAACUGUCAACAGAGAGGAGUCCAUCAAAGGAAGUGUCCAAAAUUACAAGUGGAUGUUCGAGACCAAGCCCAUUGACCAGUUUGAGGAGGGAAAGAAGAAUGUUGAGGUUAUCAAAGGAAUCACCAGGCAGGAGGAUAGGUCAGGAGAUGUCAAGAUGGCCAAGUGGCUCUUUGAGACACAGACCAUUGAUGGCAUCCAUUCCAAGUUCAACCAGUCAGAGCAGCAGCAGAAUUCAACAGAGCAACAGAAGGAGACUAGGAAAGGUGAUGUCAAGACCUGCAAGUGGCUGUUCGAGACUCAGCCUAUGGACAUUUUGUACGACAAAUCAGAAAAGAUCCCAGAUAAAGAAGAAGAGAUUGAGAAUACCAAUGUGAAGUCUGUCACUUGGCUUUUUGAAUCACAGGCUCUGGAUAGCAUUAAAGACAGUGAGGAGCAAAGUUUUAAAUUAUGCAGUACCGUUCAGGAUGGUGUCAAGGCUGAGGUUGGUGUGAAAACAGUGAAGCACCUUUUCGAGACAGAGACUUUAGAUAGGAUAAGGAAGGACACAGACACAGAGCAAGAUGUUAGAUAUGUCAGCGAGUUGCAUGUCCAGUCUGGUGAUGUCUCUAGGGUAAAGGAGAUCUUUGAGUCCAAGUCCUUAGAUGAAAUAGGUUCAGAGUCUAUAAAAGUGUGUAAUGAAGACGAAAGCAUUCAGAAAGGAUCCGUGCGUAAAUGCACCUGGCUUUUUGAGAACCGUCCCAUCAACACGAUAAACGACAAAGAGGAAAAUGGCCCAGACAUGCAUUGUGUCAACGACAUGGAGGGUGGUGACGUCCACAACAAGAAGUUCAUYUUCGAAACAUUCUCUCUGGACAAGAUCCAUGACAAAGAUCAGUUUCUGGAACACAGGUCGGAAUCUGUGGAAAAGCCAGUGAGCAAUGUCGAUGUCAAGUCCAGCACCAUGCUAUUUGAAUCCCAGCCACUGUACGCCAUUAGAGACAAGGAAGGCCAGUUCCACGAGGUUACCACAGUCCAGAAGGAGGAAGUGAUGAGUGGCGAUGUGAGAGGAGCUCGGUGGAUGUUCGAGACGAAGCCCCUCGAUGCCAUCAAGGCGGAAAAGGAGAUCUACGUKAUCCGAGCUGUCACCCAGGAAGAUGUGAAAAAGGGUGAUGUCAAGUCAGCCAGGUGGAAGUUCGAGACCCAGCCUCUGGACUCCCUAACAGCUAAGGAGGAAGACGAGGAACCCACAGUCAAGGUUGUGGAAGACUUCGGAAACCGAAAUGUGAAGCUCAACAAACAGCUCUUCGAGUCUGACCAGUCAGCCAGUAAGAAGUAUGUGAGGAUGGUUAGUGUGACAGAUGUUCAGCAAGGCGAUGUCAGGACGUCCACCUGGCUCUUUGAGAACCAGCCCAUCGACAGGCUGAAGGGAGAGCCAGAGGAGCAGGGCCCUGUCCAGACGGUCCACAGAGAAGACAACCACAAAGGAGAGGUGAAACGCUGCACGUGGCUGUUUGAAUCCCAGACGCUGGACAAGAUCAAGGAUACUGAAUCCAAUAUGAAUGCAACACAGGUCGUUGAGGAGGAGAUCCCAAAAGCAGAUGUGAAGAGCACAACCUGGCUGUUUGAGACCACACCCUUAGACAAAAUUGUCACAGUUGAAAGUGUGAUUGACACGCUGUCUCGUCUACAUCAGCUUGAAUUCAUCCACUCAAGUGGAAUCUUAAUAGAGGCAAAAGAGAUCACAAACGUCAACAUGGUUAAAUACCAAUUUAUUAAAACUGAGGGAGCACAGAUUCAGAAGGAGGAGAUAGUUGAAGGGAACAUCAGAAACAUCAUGCUACAGUUAUUGUCCAGAUCGACRCGGAAGCCCCAGAUCACUCUUCUAAAAGAGGUAGAACAGGGUAAAGUUCAGACAACAGUAUUAGAAGUCGCAGUCAAUCAGCCAGCAUCAACGAACCAAGACAAAGAUCAAAGUAUACAGAAACUCAUCGAAAGCUUGCUUGUUCAAGAUAAGCUGAUGAAGAAGGGGAUCGUCAUGCAGGAAUCUGAGGGAGGACAUGUAGAGAUGACUGUUUACUCCCUUCAUUGUCAAACUAAAAUGGAUAGUCAAGACAUUACAAGGGGAGAUGUGAAGUCAACUAUAGGCAACCUGUUAGCUACUGCUAACAAUCAGAGGACAACCGCUUCAUGUAGACUAGAUGAAAAUGAAAAGGGAAAUGUCGACUUAUACAGGAGUUGCAUAGAGAAAGGAGAUCUCCAAAAACUGAAGAGUCUUCAAAUACAGCAAUCAGAAUUGGAUGAACUUGACCUCAUGACAAAGGAACAGAUUGAGAUUGUGCAAGGCGAUGUGAAGGAGGCGAAGAAAAAUCUUCAGAAACAGAAGGAUCAAGUGGAACGUACCAUUUCAGACGUCUUACCAGGGGAUGUGAAGAAUGCCAAAAGAGUCUUUUCUACAGAGGGUUCCAUUGACCUUAGUGUUGAAAACUGUAUUUCUAAAGAAGAGAUCAUCCGUGGGGAUAUCUCCUCAGCUAAGCAGCAACUUGCUUUAAAACAGACUCUCUCUAUGGAAAAGGAGGAAAUCGUGGCCGGUGACAUCAAAGCUACUCUGCAGUCUUUAGAAAGAGCAAAGCAACAGAGUAUGCACUUGGAACGCGAUAUCAUAACCCCRGGAACUAUCUAUGACAUGGAUCUAGCAACACAGGGGCCGGAAUCAGAGGGAAACCAGACACAGAAAGAGGAAAUUGUAUCGGGAGAUGUGAAGGCAGCGAAGCAGUCCCUUGAGCUGGCAAAGAACCAGAGUCUAUGUGUGGAGCGUGACAUCAUCGUGCCAGGAAAAAUAUACAAUGUCAACAUCUCAUCUCAAGAACAGAGCUCCACGACAGUGAGGCAGUCUGCGUCUUCGUCAACCUCCAGAAGCCAGCGGAUCACGACGACUUUCCGAAAGUAACUCUUGGCGAACCGCCAGCCAGCGCAGCACAGACUUCAGCAACUGUCACUUUCACAAAUCUUGAUGAAAACCCCAAAACACCCUCCACUGAAGCCCUAAGGCCACCUCCACUUCCACCCAAAGCAAAUGAAAAAACACAAUACCAGAAGCCGGCUCUACCACCAAAACCACAACGCUCAAAACAAACACCCARCGACGCAACAGAGAAUACCGCCCCUCCUCCAAAAACACCUAGCCCGAUUAAAGGUAACCAGCAAAACCCAGUCAUUCCAAAAACGAAACCAGGGAACCCAUCUCCCCCUCCUCUGCCUCAGAAACCUUCAUCAAAUAGACAACAAACCACAAAGGACUCACAACCGGAAUGUAUUAAUAAAGCAAAGCAAUACUCACCUCAGGCCAGUGCUACCAAUAACAUCCCAGCCGAGUACAAAAAGUCAGUUCAGCUUGAGCAAAAGAGGGAACAGAAAAACAUUGGAACAACAUUGGCAGUUGAUCAUCGUUUGGCCGUGUCAAAUGGCACUGAAAACGAGAUGGACAGAAACGUAAUACAGAAAAUCAAUGCAGCAAAAGAGAUUCGAAUGUGCAUGCAGAG